GUGUUUCCCUUGAGAACGAAGACAUUGGUUUUGUUUCUUUGCAAUGCGAUAAAUUUACAGCACAGAAACACAUUAUUCAAAAUUGGCAGUAAUCCUCGCGCAAGCCACUAUAGCACCUUCCCGUUCGGUGUAAACGCGCCUUGAGCGAGCUGUCUGUUUUUCAUCUUUAACAUUUCCACCUUCCCACAAACCCCUCCGGUGUGUGUGUCCGCACACACAGCGACAGCGCCUCUCUCUCUCUCUAUUUCGCUGAGUGUUUAUUAGAUUAGAAACGAAAUUUCGACCCAUUAAUUGCAAAGCAGUUGCGUAGCGUUUUGUUCCUCACCGACGGGGCAGUGAUUGUGGCGCUUGUGUUUGUAGCGAGCGCUCGCGUGUGUGCGUGUGUGUGUAUGUGUCCGUACGUGUGCUAAUAGUGGCGUUCAUCCGCAGCAGGGUACAGAGGGUACACACACUCCAAAACACAUCCCCGCUGUGCCAUCGAGCUGCGUUUGCCUGUUUGCCUUCCCGCCUUGGAUGUCCGCUGCGGGCCGGGCACCAGAACCACAUCCGACCGUACGUCCGGCUGCUGCCGACAGUUCCCUCCCCGGAACGAUGUGACCCCGAGCCGCCCAAGCGCAUCCUUAUCCGUAGCAAGCGAGCGCGCGAGCGUGUGUGUGUGUGUGUGUGUUGUGAACUAACCACCCAGCCCUUCUCCAACUACCCCCUUCCCUCCCCGGCGCGUGGUACGUGCUAGGAGCAGGUGUGUAAAUAGUCCUAGUUGGCUUGUGCGGCCCAAAGCCGCCCUCAAUCAACCAGCGCCAACAACCAUCACUCCCUUCUUGUGCGAUAAAACGGAAGAAAGAGAGCGAAAGAGUGCGUGAGAGCGAGAGAGCGAGAAGGAAAGUGUGAGGAAGCAUCAACCGAUCAACCGCCGGAAUCGGCAUCCCCCCACCCCCUCCGAUCAAGCAGUUCUUCAACCAGCGGACGGCGUUCGGCAUUGUCCUUUGAGCCCGUUUUGCCCUAAACCCGUUGACCACAAAGCUCGCCGGACCGAGCACCCCAGCUCGAUGGCAAACGUCGACGAAAAUGGCUGUGCGGGAGCUGCACCGGAUGGACAGCAAUCCAUGGAUGGAGCGUACCCACUGCGGAUUAAGGUCGUGGCUGGGCUGCAGCUGGCAAAGAAGGAUAUAUUUGGCGCUAGCGACCCGUACGUGCGCAUUGACGUAAACCAGAUCAGCGGUGACGCGACCGUCCUGUCCAAGUUCACCAAGACGAAGAAGCGGACGCUCCACCCGAAGUGGAACGAGGAGUUCAUCCUGCGCGUCAACCCGGCCGAGCACAAGCUGGUGCUGCAGGUGUUCGACGAGAAUCGGCUCACGCGCGACGACUUUCUCGGCAUGGUCGAGCUGUCGCUCGAUCAGCUGCCGAAGGAGCGGCCGGGCGUCGAGAUCCCGAUCCGUAGCUACCCACUGCGACCGCGCAGGUCAGUUCGCGCUCGUUCGAAUGUGCGGGGCGAGCUGCAACUGUACCACGCGUUCAUUGUCGAUCAGGACAGCAACGAGACUGACUGGGAGAUGGUUGACUCGAAUCCCGUCCCAAGCGUUGCCAGUACGCCGCGUUCCUCGACCAGCAAUGCGGCCGCGUUCGAGCUGCCCCAGGGCUGGGAGGAGCGCCAGGACGCGAACGGUCGCACCUACUACGUCAAUCAUGUGGCCCGCUCGACCCAGUGGGAACGUCCCACGGCAGUGCCUAUGGAAGCGAUCGCCGAAAGCGAUAUGGACGUUGCAUUCCAGCGCCGGGUACACAUCAGCGUAGACGACAGCGCAACGUCGGAUACGGGCAGUGUCGGGUCGGAUCUGGCCGCCCUGCAGCUCAACACAUCGCGUAGCAACUCGCUCGUGUCCGCGUCGAACGGAAGUCUCGCGAGCAGCGCCCGUCCCGAUGGUUCGGCCGAAAAGGAGUCUACCCACACCGUAGUGUUGCGUUCGGGUGCUGCACCCGCUCAGUCCGCACACCGGCAUCUGAGUACACCGCCCCGGCUGCCGGCCGCGCUGGUGCGAAGCAGUACGCGGGCCGUCCCCAUACCAGGCCGUGCGGCGGCGGCACUGAAUCGGUCCAGAAGUGCAGUUUCGCGGUGGACAACGGUGGGCGCAGCGGGGCAGGCCCGUCCAGGCAGGCACGAGCAACUGACGGAGGAACCCGCCCAAACCACGGCCGAGCAGGAGAACGGUGAGAACGGCGGGGUGCAGCUACGAUCGUCCGCCCAUCUGGCGGACGGUGGGCGCCGUUCGUCGAGCCGCUCGUCCAUCGGCAGUGACAGCAGCUUGCGGGCGCAGCAGCGGGCCGCAAUCGACGCAGCGGACGAGGACAUGGUGGACGGUGGCGGCGUCGGCCAGACCGUUGUGCGCAGCGGUAGCAGCCACAGUAGCAGCAGCAGCAGUGCCUCCAGCAACAUGAACGGCGACCGGCGACCGUCCACCAGUGGGGGCACCCACCCCCACCAUCACCAGCACCACAACAACAACAACAACGGGGGUACGUUCGGCACCGGCGCAACGCACGGCAGCAACAGCAUCAACAACAACGACACGAGCGACGACCGCUCCUCGACCCGGUCCUCGACGUCGAACGAGAACGACUCGUCGGGCAGCAGCCCGUCGACUGGCGGAGGCGCCGGUUCGAUGACACUGCCGGCCGGCUGGUCGAUGCAGCUCGCCCCGAACGGGCGCGUCUUCUUCAUCGAUCACAACGAGCGCAAGACGUCGUGGGUGGAUCCGCGAACUGGCCGGGCCAGUCCGAUGCCGACCAGCCAGGGUUCGGCCGCCCUGAGCGACGUGCGCCGGCCGGAGGACGGGCUAGCGCCGCUGCCGGAAGGCUGGGAGGAGCGGGUGCACAGCGAUGGCCGUAUCUUCUUUAUCGAUCACAACACCAGAACCACCCAGUGGGAAGAUCCACGGCUGUCCAUACCGAACAUCGCCGGGCAGGCGGUUCCUUACUCGCGCGACUACAAGCGAAAGUACGAGUACCUGAAGACGCAGCUACGAAAACCGCAAAACGUGCCGAACAAGAUCGAAAUCAAGGUGCGCCGUGCGUCCAUCAUGGAGGAUUCCUACCGGAUCAUCAACUCGGUCACGCGGCUCGAUCUACUCAAGACGAAGCUGUGGAUCGAGUUCGAGGGCGAGGCAGGCCUGGACUAUGGUGGGCUGGCGCGCGAAUGGUUCUACCUGCUGUCGAAGGAAAUGUUCAACCCGUAUUACGGCCUGUUCGAGUACUCGGCGAUGGACAACUACACGCUCCAGAUCAACCCGUACAGCGAGCUGUGCAACGAGGACCACCUGCUGUACUUUAGAUUCAUUGGCCGGAUCGCCGGCAUGGCGGUGUACCACGGCAAGCUGCUCGAUGCGUUCUUCAUCCGGCCGUUCUACAAGAUGAUGCUGCAGAAACCGAUCGACCUGAAGGACAUGGAGGCGGUCGACACCGAGUACUACAACUCGCUCGUCUGGAUCAAGGAGAACGACCCGAGCGAGCUGAUGCUGACGUUCUGCGUGGACGAGGAAACGUUCGGGCAGACGACGCAGCACGAGCUGCUGCCGAACGGGGCCGCCAUCGACGUGACGAACGAGAACAAGGACGAGUACAUCCGGCUGGUCAUCCAGUGGCGGUUCGUGUCGCGCGUCCAGGUGCAGAUGCAAGCGUUCCUGGACGGGUUCGGUUCGCUGGUGCCGCUCAACCUGCUCAAGAUCUUCGACGAGCACGAGCUGGAGCUGCUGAUGUGCGGCAUCCAGAACAUUGACCUGCGGGACUGGAAGCGCAACACGCUGUACAAGGGCGACUACUACCCGAACCACGUCGUCAUCCAGUGGUUCUGGCGGGCGGUGCUGUCCUUCUCGAACGAGAUGCGCGCCCGACUGCUGCAGUUCGUGACCGGCACGUCCCGCGUCCCGAUGAACGGCUUCAAGGAGCUGUACGGCUCGAACGGCCCGCAAAUGUUCACGAUCGAGAAGUGGGGCACGCCGGAAAACUACCCCCGGGCACACACGUGCUUCAAUCGAUUAGACUUGCCACCGUACGAAAGCUACCAGCAGCUGAAGGAUCGUCUCAUUCAGGCCGUCGAGGGCAGUCAGGGUUUCGCCGGCGUCGAUUAGAUAUGUUUGCGAUACUCACGGUGUGUGUCUGUGUUUUGGUGUGGUCGCUUACUGCAACACAGAGAGAGAGAGAAAGAGAGAGAGAGAGAGAGAGAGAGAGAGAGAGAGAGAGAGAGAGAGAGAGAGAGAGAGAGAGAGAGAGAAAGAGAGAGAAGACACACGCCCCGUCCACACACAGUAUGCCAUCACACGUUCAAUACAGGGUUUCCCACGAUUUAUUGGUCAGUUCCCAUGAUUUUUUGGUGCGUUCCCACGAUUUUUUGGUAGUAUCCCAUAGAUUGUUGGUUCGAUCCCAUAAUUUAUUGGUAUUUUCCGAUUGGAUAUCAAUACAAUUAGACCAAAAAAUUAUGGGAAACGACCAAAAAAUCGUGGGAACGCACGAAAAAAAUAUGGGAAUACACCAAAAAUUAAUGGGAACCAACCAAUAAAUCGUGGGAAACCCUGUAAGAAGAAACGAAACAACAAUACGGUUAGAGAAAUUUCUUAGCUUCGCAAGCAACACAUGGGCUCGCUCCCUUCUCCGAACCCCUCCCACUGUACGCCGUCAGCCGGGGCUGCGCGAUCCCAGUCCGAUAGAUCGGCCAAGCCAAGCCAAGAAGAUACCGACGGUGGGACGGCUCAUGACAAUCAAGUGUACACACGCUCGGGUCGGGGGUUUGCUCGAACAUGUGUGGUUAGUUAGGUUAGGCGUAAUAGAAAUAGCUAGGCUCUAGGGAUAGGAGAAGACGGGUGCGGCAGGCCAACACAGCAACACAGGCCCGGUGAGCGAAACUUAAACAACGUGAUAUUUGAUACCAGCUGCCAAAAAAAAGGAAGGAAAACAAGGAUAAAGAAACAUAAUCGAAGGGUAGAAACUCUUGUGCGCGAUAACCAAACGGCAACAAACCGUGCAAAAUCAAACAAACAAAAAAAACAUACCUGCGCCGUAGUGCGGCGCUGGAGAGAAAUCAUCGCGAAAUGAUAAAAAAAACUCGUAGACAUACAAUGUAAAGAAAAGGCCCCCUAUCCCCCCAUGUGGCAGUGUGAAUGAGAAACAAAAGUCCAAAGAAAGCAUUGCGCCUCCCAUCCUCGUUUGCAGCCGCUCGGAGAGAGAACUGAGUAAACAGCUGAUGCAGACACCCAAGCCCAUCCUGCAGUUAGGGUUUGUAGGUAUAUAUGAUACAGAAAAUUGAAACAAAAACACUAGAAAACACAGGGGAGGGUCGUAUUUCGUCGGUGUCAUUGGUAAAGCAACGACUACCAUCAAAAUUGGUUUUUGGUCGGAUUUUUGUAGUCGGCAAAGAUAGUAAAGAAACGUAUCGAUAACUUGAUCGGGUUGUACAUUUACUUUAUUGGGAACACGAUUGGAACGUAGUUUUCGGAUGUUCUUGUGUGUGUUUGUUUUUAAAGAAAGGAAAGCGGAGAGAGAGAGAGAGAGAGAAAAGAGAGAUAGAGAGGAAAAGAGAUAUAGAGAGAGAUAGAGAGAGAUAGAGAGAGAUAGAAAGAUAUAGAAAGAGAUAGAAAGGAAAAGAGAAAGAUAGAGAAGGCAAGAGAGAGAGAGAGAAGUUAAAAAGAGAGAGAGAGAAGUAUGAAAGAGAUAGAGAGAACGAGAGGGAGAGAGAGUGAAAGAAGUAUGAAAAAAGAGAGAGAGAAGUAUGAAAAGAGAGAGAGAGAGAAGUAUGAUAAAAGAGAGAGAGAGAGAAGUAUGAAAAAGUAUCUAAAUUUGAUUACGGGCUAGUAGUGAUCGUUUAUCCUAAUUUUGUUUACCUUUCUCUUCCGUCUCACACACACACACACUAGGGAUGGGGAAAACAAAACAAAUCCGAUUAAAUUCUAAAUUUAACGACUCAAAGUCAUCGUAGCGAAUGUUAGUGCAAUUGCAUUAUUUGGCAGGCUGCGAAAGUAAGCCGACACGUUUGUGUCGAGAAAAAGAGGGUAAAAGAAUAAAUAGCUAAACAAAAUUUAACCAGUGAACCACGAAAUGGGCUGAUUGAACGAUAAAAUGCGAUAAAUACGGGAAGAGUAAAUUGCAGAACACGCACUGCAAAGCAUGCGUACCUACCAAGGUACGCUAAAUCGUUGCUAUUUUUAACUAACGAAGCAAAGCUAAAAGGAUGUACUAUAUUUAAACGAAACCACUCAAUACCCCAUUGUAGCGUGGAAAAGAGAGAGAACAUGGAGCAGGCUGGAAAACAACAAGGAAAAACAAAAAAAAAACAAAUGGCUGUUAUAUAUAUAUAUGCGUGUGUGGGGCCGAUUCCCGUAAAAAGGAUUUGCGGAGUGUUGCAAACCGGAUAGGGGUUUUUUUUUUCGUGUGGGGGUGAAGAGUUGUGCAAAGAGUUGUCUGUUUUUGGCUCAGCUCUUAUCUCUCUUGCAUCCCCCACUCCCCCUCCUGCCGCCGUCGCCGUUGUAUUUUUCAUCCUAAUCCAAUCCAAACGUUUCUGUGUACUAUGUUUGCUCGUUGUUACUUAAUUCGUUGUUCGUGGCUGUUUGGGCCACAGGCGUAGCGUGUGAUGCUUGUUAUAUCCCUGCAAGGCUACAAAGGCUAGGUGAGAAACUUAACAACAAGAGAAAAAAAGGAGAGAAGACAUAAACAAAACAGAAUAUUUAUAUACGAUAAUCCAUCCCUCGUGCUUUACCAUUGCAAGCUGCAGAAGAAUAAUGUUACAAGGCUAUAUUUAUUGAUUCCUCUGCCAGUGCGACUGUGUGGGGCCCGUGUUUGUGAAGGGCCGGAACAGGAGCGGCAAAUAAAAACCAACAGAUACUACACUAAAACGGGAAGGGGAUUGUAAUAAAGGCGGUUUGUUUUUACGAAGCGCGAACGAAAUCAAUUUGUUAGAGAAGAAGAGAAAGUGAUGGAGAGAGAGAGAGAGAGAGAGAGAGAGAGAGAGACAACGGAUCAGUUAGCUGGCAAUGCUGCGGCACUUUCGAAACUAUCCCGAGAACAAAGUUCAGAACUUAUUAAUGUUUCAGUUAAUUUGUAUGUUAGAGUUUAAUGGAAACAUAUUUUAAAUAAAGUGGAACUUACGAAGGAGUAAAA